GGGAGUUGCGCGACUGUCGCCACACUGCAGCAUUCUUUCUUUCUAGGGUUUUUUUGGGGGGUUUGCGUUUCUCCCAAAAUCCCUAUUCAUUAUCAUGGCCGGCCAAACGAUAACCGCCAUGGAAAACGGCGAUGCCAAGCUCCAGAAGAAGCACAAGAACAAGCAGAAAAGAAAGCACGGAGGAGCGACCGAUUCUGAAUUCGAUUCGGAGCAAGGCAAGGGCCGGAAUGUAGAGGAAAACGGGAAUCCAAUUAUCGACGCUCCACCCGAGCUUUCCGCUAAGAAGAAGAAGAAGAACAAACAGAAGAACGACGCGAUCUCAAACGACGAUGCAUCGGAAGAAACACCUCGAAAGAAGAAGAAGAAGACCAAAAAAGACGAGGAAGAAGCUGUGACUCAGAAGGAAGCGAACGGUGUUGAAGGCGCCGAUCAAGUGCGAGAAGGAAACGGCGUCGUCGUAUCCGGGAAGAAUGUGAAUGAUUCGAAGUACAGAGCGUUGGAUUCGUUUUCUGAGUCUGCGCUUCCUGGCGAGAUAUUGGAUUGCUGUAAGACCUUCGACAAGCCAUCGCCUAUUCAGUCGAAUUCCUGGCCCUAUCUCCUCGACGGUCGCGAUUUUAUCGGAAUUGCAGCCACUGGAUCCGGUAAAACAAUUGCAUUUGGAGUGCCUGCCAUUGUGCACGUUUUGAACAAGCGGAAAAGCAAGGCUACUAAGAAAAUGAAUCCAAGUUGUCUUGUUCUUUCGCCCACGAGGGAGCUGGCUCAGCAAAUUUCAGAUGUUCUCUGCGAUGCUGGGAAGCCUAGCGGAGUGAGUUCAGUUUGCGUCUAUGGAGGGACCUCUAAAGGACCGCAGAUAUCUUCUUUAAAGUCUGGUGUGGAUAUUGUUAUUGGGACUCCGGGCCGCCUUAAGGACCUGAUUGAAAUGGGUGUGUGCCAACUAAAGGAUGUAUCUUUUGUGGUUCUAGAUGAAGCUGAUAGAAUGCUUGACAUGGGAUUUGAACCUGAGGUCCGAUCUAUCUUACGUCAAACAUGCCCUGUUCGGCAAAUGGUGAUGUUUAGUGCAACAUGGCCACUGCCAGUACACCAAUUAGCUCAAGAAUUCAUGGAUCCCAACCCUGUCAAGGUAGUUGUUGGCUCUGAAGAUUUAGCUGCCAAUCACGAUGUUCUGCAAAUAGUUGAGGUAUUGGAUGAUCGAGCACGUGAUCAGCGAUUGCAGGAAUUGUUGGAAAAGUACCACAAGUCAAGAAAAAAUAGAGUGCUAGUUUUUGUACUAUACAAGAAAGAAGCAUCUCGGGUGGAGAAUAUGCUUCAGAAAAGGGGUUGGAAAGCUGUUUCUAUUAGCGGUGAUAAAGCACAGAACGCAAGAACACAAGCAUUGUCUCAAUUUAAGGAUGGAAAAAGUCCUCUAUUGAUAGCAACUGAUGUUGCUGCCCGAGGAUUGGAUAUUCCUGAUGUUGAGGUUGUAAUAAAUUACAGUUUCCCUCUGACUACGGAGGAUUAUGUUCACCGAAUUGGUCGAACUGGAAGAGCAGGUAAAAAGGGGGUGGCUCACACAUUCUUUAUGAAGGAAAACAAGGCACUUUCCGGGGAGUUGAUAAAUGUUCUCAGGGAAGCCAAGCAGGUCGUUCCCGAAUCCCUGCUAAAAUUUGGGACUCACGUCAAGAAAAAGGAAUCUAAAUUAUACGGUGCCCAUUUCAGAGAAAUCGGUGCCAACGCUCCUAAAGGUACAAAAAUAACAUUUGACAACUCUGAUGAUGAGGAUUGAUUCUCCGAUUUUGAGUAGGAACGGUUCUGAGGACAAUUUUUUUCCCAAUGUUGAAAACAUUUGCCAGAGGCAUCGGGAAAGCAUCGGGUAUUCACUUUUCUGGUAAUCUAUUUUCAUGGAUAUAUAUAUAUAUAUAUGUUAUUGACAUUCUUUUAAGAAUUCUGCCAAAUUUGUGUUAGCUACGGAAAUUUCCAAAAUUUCUUCUCUUUUCAUAUUUAUAAGCAGCAUUUUUAAUUAAUUACGUGAAAUUAUUGAAAAUUUUCCGUUAGAAAAUUGGACAGUGUUGGCACUGUAUUAAACAAUACUCUCUCUGUUCCAAUAUUUUUGUGUCAUGGGUUUUUAGCUUGUAUAUUCUAGCGUGUGUACGAUGGAUCUGUUUUAUAUGUUAGCUAUGAUAAUUAAUCCGUAAUAUAAAAAUUAAUAUUUUGUUUUGAA